AUGGGAUUAUUGGACCCUGCAACGUCGGAUGGACGUGUAAUCUUCUUCUUGCCAUGGCAAGGGAACACCAUUGCCGGAACGACAGAUUCACCUGCACCUGUACGAAGAGAUCCGAGGCCAGAUGAAGAAGAUAUUCAAUGGAUAUUGGAAGAAGUCAAACGAUACCUCUCUCCGGAUAUCCAGGUCCGCCGCGGUGAUGUGCUCUCUGCAUGGGCAGGGUUGAGACCGUUGGUGUCGAAUCCAAACUCGACGUCGACUCAGGCGUUGGUACGGAAUCACUUGAUUCACGUCUCGCCUUCUGGAUUGGUCACUAUCGCUGGAGGAAAAUGGACGACGUACCGAGCUAUGGCAGAGGAGACGGUCGACGAAGCGAUCAAAGUCUUCAAUUUGCAACCAAAGGGCCCGUGUAGGACGAAAGAACUACAACUAUUGGGGAGCGAAAACUGGGGACCGAAUAUGUUCAUCAGUCUCAUACAGCGGUAUGGAUUGGAGACAGAGGUCGCUACACAUCUCUCGGAUAGCUAUGGUGAUCGUGCAUGGACAGUAUGCAGCUAUGCCGAACCGACUGGUUUGCGAUGGCCGCACUAUGGAAAGCGACUCAGCCGGUCGUAUCCUUACAUAGAAGCCGAGGUCCGGUACGCUGUUCACAAUGAAUACGCAAUGACUGCCGUCGACUUUUUGGCACGUCGAAGCCGACUUACGUUCCUCAACUCGAAUAUUGCGCUUGAUGUUCUUCCACGCGUGGUCGAGAUCAUGGGCGACGAAUUCGGGUGGUCCCAUCGUCGUCGCUCGCAAGAAAUUCGCAACGCUGAAUACUUUAUGGAGAGCAUGGGCGUUCCCUUUGGCGCUCGAAGAUACCGCGUCGGAUGGCGAGAAUGGAUCCACGAUCUCUGGGUGCGAAGCUCGUUUGGCGUAUUCGGUGGUGGUGGAACCGUGGCGGAUGGUGCAAAGAUUAUUGCGGGUGCAGUGAAGAAUGCGGCCAAGAUUAGUCGCGCGCAAUUUGAUCCUGGAGAAGUUGAUCGACUCUCGCGUUCGUUUUCCAAACGUGCCCAUGCCUCCCCGCCGCCUGUAGAAGCGAGCGUGCUUUCAGCAGAAGAGGUCACGAUGCUCGUGACAGAAAAGUUGGAUCUCGCAUGGUUGGAAGAGGCCGACGUUGAACGAGUGAUUUCGGAAGUAACCAAGGGACGCAAGUUUGUCAAUCAAGAAGAGUUUAUCCAUGUAUGCGCGACGCUCAAGGACUUGGCAGCAUCGCCGCCCCUCUCUCGGACGAACAUCCGCAAGGAGCGAAGAAGAAUACCGGUCGAGAAGAGCGGAGGAGGAGUUUAG